UGCCAGCACUUUGCCAGACCAACAUCUUCGCGCAUUCCCGGAGUCUACGUCAGUGAUCGCACGGUCGGUUGUUAUUCUAGUAUAUGCAUUACAAAAUUUAUCUCAGAUUUGUUUGGAUUUGGAUUGAAUUGUGAUUUUUUUGAAACGGUAAACAACUACGGUCGGAGCUACAGAAAACGUCAAGCGGAAAAAUGGUGGUGAACAGCAAAGUGAUCAUUUUAUUAUCACUAUUGAUCGUACUCGGUGCGGCCCAGCGGCAGGAUCAGGAGGAUCCGUGUAAAACCAAAUCGAAGGUAGUAGGAGACGUGACGUACUGCGACCGGUACUGGGAGUGUGUCAACAACCAGCCAGAACUGUACGACUGCCCGAACGGGCUCGUGUUUGCUGGGAAGCAUCGCGGCGUGACGGAAGGCUGUGACUAUCCCUGGCGGUCAGACUACUGCGACGGGAAACAGUUGGCAAAUGGACCGAUCUCGACGGAACACUGCGACUGGCUGUACGGUAUCUUCGGUCACGAAACGUCCUGCACUCGCUACUGGACCUGCUGGAAUGGAACGGCAACCGAGCAGCUCUGCAUCGGUGGGCUGCUGUAUAACGAAAAUGCCCACAGCUGUGACUGGCCGGAAAAUGUUGAUGGAUGCCAGAAGCACCCUCUUUGCAACGACGACGCUAAUGGAAAUGUUCCACUAGGAAAGUCUUGUAACCGCUACUGGCAGUGCCAGGGAGGUUAUCCACGACUCCAACGUUGCCCGGCGAUGCUCGUGUUUGACCGGCGAAGUCUGCGUUGCGUUGUUCCACCAACAGAGGAUUGUGACGUUCCGACAACGCCGCUCCCACUAGAAGGGGACUUGGAUCAAGGAAAGGGUAACGCUAUUUCGAAUCAGCCAGCCGGUGCUAUCCAGAAUAAAGCCAGCGGUGGACGGAACAAAAACUAAACUCGUGAUAAUGACUGCCGGGUAGUUCGCUGCUGCAGGAAGAAGAACUUCCCUUCCCCGGUUCGCUCCUCUGAAGGAGUUCUGUUUGCUAUCUAGGAUGUACUGAAGGAGCCCCGGUAAUAUCGGUAGUGUGACGUGCCACAGUGUUUUUUUUCUUUGAAUCGAUAUUAAACUUGACAGCUCAAUGCGCGGACAGUUUUCCCCGGACAGAAAGUAAUUGCAUUCAAUCCAAGCUGUGGGAGACAGAGCAGUAUUCAACGACCAGCAAAAACAGCAGUCUAAAAGAGCGAACGAAAACUUCAUAAGUUUUGUACAUAAAUAAUACUUUUAAUUGAGAAUAAUGUUCAUACUAUUAUAUUAUUUUCCACUCGUUUUUAUUAUGCUUUAUUAUUUAAAAACAGGAGAAUCCGUAGAAGAGACAAGAUUGUAAAAGCGUAAAAUAAAUGAAGAAUUAAAAUGUAAACUUCGCCGCCUCCAGGCUUGGAUUUA